UGUUUAUAUAUGACCAGAAAUGUAACACUUUGCAGUUCCAUACGAACACGAAAUGCGCAAAUUUCUUCCUCUCCACAACAACUUGCAACCGCGGAUGAUUUAUACGACAAAUGGCAAGAUAAAAUUCUCUACAGUUCAUACCUCGACAGCAUAACGCUCAAGAUGGGCUACAGGCAGAACAAAAUAAUCGAGUCUAAAAUGAAACGGUACGAAAAGUAUUGCUCGCAACGAUCCAAAGAUGUCCAGCCGUUCCCCGUAGUCCUGAAGCAAAUCGAACGGGACCAAUUCGACCUGGUCGAUACCGGAGAGGUUGAUCCCGACGAAGCAAACCGCCAGCUAGACGCUUCCAUGGUUUAUCAGAUGCCGUUCAGGCGGGUCGGCAUGGCUGUGCCGAAGUCGACCGAUAUGGAGGAGGAACAUGAUAAAAAGCUAACCACCGGUGCGUGGAUGUCCGAUUACGAAUACUACGACGAAGACGAGCAGAGCGAUGCGGCUUCCUUCUAUGGUACACCCGAUCCUAAAGAACCGUCUUCACACAUUCCUUGUGGAGGAUGUGGCGCUCUUUUGCAUUGCAUAGAACCGAGCAUUCCUGGCUAUCUACCCAGUCAACUAUUUAAAAGAAAAUCUAAGGAGCAAUUAAUGACGACAAUUUGCCAACGGUGCCAUUUUCUAAAACAUUACAACAUCGCCGUUAACGUGACCGUUUCACCCGAAGACUACAUUGAGAUGAUAUCAUCAAUCAAGGACAAGAAGGCUCUCGCUGUACUUCUAGUGGAUCUGCUAGAUUUUCCAUGUUCGAUCUGGCCAGGGCUUGCGGAGAUUUUGGGACCGAACCGGCCGAUCCUGGUAGCCGGUAACAAAGUCGAUCUGCUACCACAGCCGUCCCGGGGGUACCUGGAAAAUGUGAGGCAAUGUUUAACGAAAAGUAUUAUCGAUUCGGGGUUUGCUAGGAGCAACAUCAAACACGUGUCGCUCAUCUCCGCUAACACAGGCUACGGAGUGGAGGAGUUGAUUACGCGAAUCCACAACAUCUGGGGCACCAGAGGGGACGUGUAUCUGGUCGGUUGCACAAACGUUGGCAAAAGCACGCUGUUCAAUGCGUUGCUUCGCUCCGAUCUGUGUAAGGUGCUGGCGGCGGAUCUGGUACAGCGCGCUACGGCAAGCCCGUGGCCAGGCACAACGAUACGUAUGCUGAAGUUUCCUAUCCUACGACCUUCCGACUUUCGACUGUACCAGAGAACGCAACGGUUGCAGCAGCUUCGAGAUGAACAACGAGCGGAACAGCAGCUUCGGCAGCAGCAGGCGAAAACUUCCGGCAACGCAAAGUACGCCACCUUGAUCGGUCAUAUCGGGCGCACGUUUGAAAAGGAGAAACUCGAAAGCCACGACCAUUUCUCAGUCACUCAGCGAACUGGAGGGGAUGCACCUAUACUUACGCUGAACGAGAAGAACGAACGGUACGUAAACAGCAAAUGGUGCUACGAUACGCCCGGCGUCGUCCAGCCGGAUCAAAUAUUGGACCUCUUGACUACGGAAGAGAUACUGCAAACCGUGCCGAAAGAGAUAAUACGGCCACGAACGUACUUGCUGAAGACGGGAAUGACCAUCUUCCUCGCAGGAUUGGGCCGUUUGGAUUACGUCAGCGGGCCAGACUCGAUUCGUGUGAUUCUCUACGCUGCCAUGACGCUCCCCACGCUAAUCUGCAACACCACGGAUGCGGCCGCAUUGUACACCAAUUUGAUCGGAACAGAUAUGCUGGGCGUACCGUACGGCACCGAAAAUCGACUAGCAAACUGGCCCGCGCUAGAGAGCGCGCCGGACAUACUGGUGCACGGUGCCGAGGACAAGCACCUGACUGUGUGUGACAUUCUGCUCUCAUCGGCGGGCUGGUUUGGUAUUAAUCUGCCGAGGGAUGCGGAAGCCGUGUUUCGCGCGUGGACACCGAAUCGAAGAGGCGUGCACGUGCGCCUGCCAGCGCUACUACCGACCGGCUUGGCCCUGCGCGGAAAACGGAUACGAGGGUCGCUAGCGUAUCGCGUUGGAGCGGCUUUUAAGGCGAAGUAGUAAUAAGUAGGCGACUACACGUUUAGCAAAUAAAGUUAUUUAAACAAUUUAGUUCCAUAUUUCUCUUUGCACAGUUCAACAGUACCAUAAAUGUAUAGGAGGCGCCGUUCGAGCGCGUCAUAAUGUUCUUUGGUUAGCAGUGGCUUUAGCAAAUCUAGUUCGUUCAUUGCACGAAGCGUAUCGGUUAAUGCUCCACCGGAAAAUAAGAGUAGUCUUUCCCAUGUUGUCCUUCGAACGCUGAAAAGAACGAAAGGAGGUUAGAAAGAACUGUAUGUGAUGUGAAUUUUGAACAAUACAACCAACU